UUAAAAUCCGAUGUUCUGAUACGCUACCCUCCACUAACAUCUGAACCAACUCGAUAUUGGGUCAUGUCCCGACGACCUUUUUGAUAUGCAUUCUAAUUAAAAUAUCGACCAAUCAAAAUCGUUGUAAUGUAAGAUCCUCGGCAGCGAAAGCAAAAUGGCGGAACAGAAGUUAGAACAAGCGAUUGGCAAAGUAUUAUUAAAUUUCAACAUAGAUACACUGAAAUUGGAACAAAGAAAGAUGCUGGAUGCAUUACUGUCAAGUAAAGAUUGCAUUGGAGUGUUACCAACGGGUUACGGGAAGUCUCUACCAUAUCAGAUGCUAGUAUCAAUCAAGCGGGAAUUGGGUAUUGACGAUGCCAAAGUGGUUGUAUGCAGUCCUUUGGUUGCACUAAUGCAGGAUCAAACCCAACGUUUGAGGAAUAUUCCUGGCAUCAAAGCAGAAUACACAGGAAGCAGUGCUGCUGCCAAUGAAAACAUUAUAAUGGGACACUUUGACUAUUUAUUUUCGUCACCUGAGAUCCUUGUUGGAGACAAAGACUGGAGAGAAAAAUUACAACGUUUCAAGGUUUCCACAAUUGUUGUUGAUGAAUUCCAUACAAUUGCAACUUGGGGUGAAAAGGAAGAUGAAAGUAAACAGGCAUUUAGAAAAUGGUUUUCUUACAUUGGAGAGUUGAGAUCGCUGUUUCCAGAUGCAUCUAUCUUGGCGCUUAGUGCCACAUGCACGAAACAGAUUUCAAAGAGGGUAUUGAAAGUUUUGCAGUUAGAUCCAAAUGCAGUUGAAAUAAGGAUUUCUCCAAAUAAACCAAAUAUAAAGCUUGUUGUGAACCAAAUAUUGAAUACCGUAGAAAUGGCCAUGUGCUGGUUAGUUGAUGGACUCUGUGACAAAGCUUUACCCAAAACAAUGAUAUAUUGUGCAUCAAGCAAGGAUGCAGCUAACAUUUAUGCAUAUAUAUCAACGGAAAUUCCAAAUUGUAAAGAAGUCCAGAUGUUCCAUUCUGAAACUUCGCCUGACAGUAAAAAAAGAAUAAUGGAAUGUUUAAAAGAUCCAACCAGUUGUAUUAAAGUUGUGAUAGCAACAAGCGCCUUAGGAAUGGGUAUAGAUAUGAUUGGCUUUUCCAAUGUCAUAAUUUAUGGUGCACCAAAAACUAUAGUCGAUCUUAUUCAAGAAAUUGGUCGUGUAGGGCGUGAUGGAAAGGAGGCAGUUGCACUUCUUCUUCAUAAUUCCUUCCAUUUGAGAGAUGUUGAGACUGAGGUUAAAGACACUAGUAACCCGAAUUUAACUUGA